UUCAUGUGACGUUUGAGCCCGCAUAGCAUAAAGAAAGAAGAUCAGGAAAGAUCAAGCCUGUUUUUGCAGCGAAGCUAAACCAUGGCUUCCCACGCAGGGGAAAGGAGUGGUGGCAAUGAUCUUGAAGGAGGAGAUCACUCACACAGUAUUGUACAUUCAUUUCGCCUGGUUGCAUUGCUUCAAGGUUUACUCCGAUCUAAUUUUAGGUUUUUGGAUGAGUUGGAUGGAUUUCUAGAGGGUUCGGAGCCGGAAUAUUACAGAAGGCAAAAUGAUCAGCAAGCUGCACCAGUGACGGCGAUACUUCCAUCAGCAGUAAGAUAUGGAAGCCAGAAAACAGCAUCAAGUACUUGUGUUAAGGACUGUGCCAUCUGCUUGGAAGAUUUCGAGAAUGGACAGUGGUGUCAUGUUCUUCCAGUUUGCAACCACAUGUUCCAUUUAAACUGUAUUCAACGUUGGUUGAUGGAGAGCCGGACUUGUCCUAUGUGUCGGAGUUCCAUCGAUCGUGUUUUUGGAUGCAAGAAAUUGGUGCAUGCUACAUCUGAAACUCACUCAUCUGCUGUCCUGCAAUAAGUGUCGAGAUUUUUUUUGUUAAAACGCGUCAUGUAUUGUCAAUAUUUUAGGAAAUAAUUAAAAGACACUAAU